GAGAGUAACAGAUAUCUGUUCCACUGUCACAAAGCUAAUGUCGGACAAUCUACCAUUAUACAUUACCAAUGAGAACUACCCAAGCGUCACGACCAGACAUGAAUCUUGUUCCUGUUCUUUGGAAAUAUAUUCUUGCACAGCUAACAUACAAGUUUACACGCUUGAUACAGACCUGUAUUUAGACGAGAGUCAUUGUGAUCAAAGUCUCAAAUUCGUAGAUAUAUCUAAUAAUACUGUAACUGAACUCAACUGUGAAAGUCACUAUAAAAACGAAAUAGAAAUAAACAAAGUAGCCAGGCAUUAUACUAGAGUGGACUUCAUCAACAAUAGUACGGCGGAUCAAGAAGGAUAUUUCUUCAUAGGCCUUGAUUCAACAGAGCCGCUAGUAUCAUUUGUUUUGAAUUGUGGUGCUGAACGUGUAACCUGGUGUUCCGAAUGUGGAGUCCUACCAAACAUCACAGAUGGCACACUCACUCUUGUCGAUGCUACUAAUUCUUCGUAUGGAGCAACAGCUGGGGUUGUAUGCAACACAGGGUAUGAAACAAAUACACCGACUGUCGCUUGUCUUACAAUGGUACAUGGUCUGUUGCUAGCUGUUUUAAGACAGCAAGCUGUGCUGCCAAUGAGCAGAGAUGUGACGAUGGAGUGUGUAUACCAGACAGUGAUAGUUGUAGUAGCAUACCUAACUGUAAUGGUGGGUCUAAUGAGAAUUGUACAGUUACCACUACACCAGUUCAACCAAACAAUGAUCUAGAACCAGUCAUGAUUAUUGCGAUUGUUAUCGGAAGUAUUCUUGCAGUAUGUUUCUUGAUUCAACUUGUAGUAUCUCUUGUGUUGUACAAGAAAGAUGAUGAAAGUGGUCGCAGUGUAACCAAGGUUGUGUUAGGCAGUAUUCCCGUGGUCGGACUUGUAUUUAUUUGUUGCAAGAAUAAUUAAAAUAGGUACAGUCUGUUAUUUAUCCAUACAAUGAAUAAUAAGGUUCCAUUGUGCAUAUAUUAAACA